AUGUCGCUACAGAACGAUAAUCGACCGAGGGUGGACGGUUAUGUGCAACCUCAACGAGUCAAGAAGCCGCCGUUCUCUGUGGAGGCCUCUGGAUACGAGAAGAAGGAUGGCGAGACAAUUCCCAGACGUAACCCACUGGCCAAAGACAAGCUCAUUACACAACCCUCAGACGAUGUCAAGACCAUCUAUGACAAUCUCAAACGAGCUGCCUCCAAGUUUGGCAAUGCAAAAGCCAUUGGAACGAGAAAGAUCAUCAAGACUCAUGUCGAGAACAAGAAGGUCAAGAAAACGGUCGACGGUCGAGAGCAAGAGUUUGACAAGAAAUGGACCUACUACGAGCUCAGCCCCUACAACUACAUGACUUUUAUUGAGUAUGAGAAGAUGGCUCUGGACUGCGGUUCUGGUCUGCACAAUCUCGGCAUCACCAAAGAAAACAAAAUGCACCUUUACGGGGCUACCAGUGCCCAUUGGCUUGCCAUGUCGCAUGCCGCUUCCUCGCAGUCCAUUCCCAUCGUCACUGCCUACGAUUCUCUCGGUGAAGAAGGAUUGAGACAUUCUCUCGUCCAAACCGGCUCUGUUGCCAUCUUCCUAGACCCCAACCUCAUUCCUACCUUGAUGAAGGUGUUGAAGGAUGCCAAAGAACUCAAAUCGGUCAUUUACAACACGGAUCCUGAGAUCAAGGAGGCCGACCUGCAGAAUCUGAAAUCGUCCUUCCCAGACCUGAAGGUUAUCAGCUUCGCAGAGUUGCAAAAAUCUGGGGCUGACAAUCCGGCCGAGCCUGUACCUCCAAGCCCAGAUGACCUGGCUUGUAUAAUGUAUACAUCCGGUUCUACCGGUCCACCAAAGGGUGUCACCAUCAAACACAAAGCCGUGGUUGCUGCCAUGGCUGGCGUGCAAAGCGUGGUCGCUCCGUACAUUUCCCCGGCCGAUGCAUUGCUUACCUAUCUGCCCCAGUCCCACAUCUUCGAAUACAUGUUUGAGAAUGUGUGCUUGUUCUGGGGCGGGAUCAUGGGAUACGGCAAUCCCAAGACACUGUCCGACACGUCUGUUCGAAACUGCAAAGGAGACAUUCGCGAGUUCCGACCUACAAUCUUGAUCGGUGUGCCGGCGGUCUGGGAGAGCGUCAAGAAAGGUAUCCUCGCCAAGGUCAACAGCAGCUCUUUUAUCGUCAAGAAUAUGUUCUGGGGAGCUAUGUCGUUGAAACAAAUUCUUUUGGGCGCAGGCCUCCCGGGGUCUGGUAUUCUCGAUGCUAUCGUCUUCAAGAAGUUGAAGGAUGCCACGGGGGGCCGCCUUCGCAUUGCUUUCAAUGGGGGUGGACCCGUCUCUCAGGAGACGAUCAAAUUCAUCAGCUACGCCGUCACUCCAAUGAUCUCGGGCUACGGUCUCACCGAAACCUCGGCGAUGGGUUGCAUUCAGGACCCUUUGGCGUGGGAUCCUCAUGCUUUGGGUGAUAUUCCAGGUUGUAUUGAGAUCAAACUGGUUGAUUUCCCCGACGCGGGCUACUUUUCGACCAACAACCCCCCUCAGGGCGAGAUCUGGAUCCGCGGGCCGCCUGUCACUGACGGCUAUUGGAACAACGACAAAGAGACGAAAGAGGCCAUUACCGAAGACAAAUGGUUCAAGACCGGCGACAUCGGCCAAUUCAACGCCAACGGACACUUGGUGAUCAUUGACCGAAAGAAAAAUCUGGUCAAGACAUUGAACGGUGAAUACAUCGCCAUCGAGAAGCUGGAAUCGUCAUAUCGUGCGGCUCCGGUGGUUGGAAACAUCUGCGUGUUUGCAGCUGAAGACAAGGCUAAACCGAUUGCCAUUAUCGUCCCAGUCGAGGCCGCACUGCAAAAGAUUGCUGCCGCCAACGGAAUCAAAGGAGAGUCUCUCGAAGAGAUGGUUCACGACAAGAAACUGAACGGUAUCGUGCUCAAGGAAGUUCAAAAAGCUGGCCGUGAAGUAGGUCUGACCGGUAUUGAAAUCAUUGACGGUCUGGUCAUGGCGGACGAGGAAUGGACCCCACAGAACGGACUCAUCUCACCUGCCCAAAAGCUACAAAGGAAAAAGAUUCAGGCCAAGUACGAAAAAGAAAUCAAAGAGGCCUACGGCAACUGA